AUGGAGGUGCUGCAAGAAGUUCCUAAAUAUGCCAAGUACUUAAGAGACAUUGUGGCCAACAAAAGAAGGUUGAGAGAGUUUGAAAUGGUUGCACUUACUGAGGAGUACAGUUCUAGAGUACAGAGUAAGCUCCCACCUAAGUUGAAGGAUCCAGGUUGUUUUACAAUUCCCUUGGCGAUUGGAAAGGACGAGGAUGGUAGAGCCUUGUGCGAUCUGGGAGCGAGCAUUAAUUUGCUGCCACUAUCACUGUUGAAGAAGCUGAAUCUUGGAGCCCCUAGGCCUACUACUAUAACUCUACCGCUAGCAGGUCGAUCAUUACCAGUGCUUGAAGGAAUUAUUGAAGAUGUGCUAGUGCGAGUAGGGAAGUUCAUCUUUAACGCAUAUUUUAUUAUUCUUGACUACAUGGCUGAUGAGGAGGUUCCAAUUAUUUUGGGGUGGCCAUUCUUGGCCACUGGAGGGGCACUUAUUGAUGUGAGGAGGGCAAGCUAA